AUGGCACUGCCCGACGAUGAGGAGGGGACAACGGUGGCGAACGGGCAUCCGCCCGCGAACGGAUACCUCCCGGUCCCGGGGGACGCGCCCGCUGGAAAGGUGAGCGCGGAGACGCAGAACGGGCCCAAAGCUGGCUGCCUUGCCCUGAAUGGGGUCUCUCGGGACAGCCCCAAGGCCGCCUCGGGAGCUCUGGACAGGACAAAGACUCCACUGGCCCCGGAGGAGGAGACCCAGGCCCGGCUACUGCCCAAGGACCCCGGCGAGGAGACGCCGGCGGUCGAGGGCACCCUGGUGCCCCGGACUUUGCUCUCCGCGCGGCGCUUUUUGGUGCUACUGAUCUUCAGCCUGUACUCGCUGGUGAACGCGUUUCAGUGGAUCCAAUACAGCAUCAUCAGCAACGUUUUCGAGGGCUUCUACAACGUCUCCUCGCUGCACAUUGACUGGCUGUCCAUGGUGUACAUGCUGGCCUACGUGCCCCUCAUCUUCCCUGCCACCUGGCUGCUGGAUACCAGAGGCCUGCGGCUCACCGCCCUGCUGGGCUCCGGCCUCAACUGCCUGGGCGCGUGGAUUAAGUGCGGCAGCGUGCAGCAGCAUCUCUUCUGGGUCACCAUGUUGGGCCAGUGCCUGUGCUCUGUGGCCCAGGUGUUCAUCCUCGGCUUGCCCUCCCACAUCGCUUCAGUGUGGUUUGGGCCCAAGGAGGUGUCCACAGCUUGCGCCACCGCCGUGCUAGGUAAUCAGCUUGGAACUGCAGUCGGCUUUUUGCUGCCACCAGUGUUAGUGCCGAACACACAGAAUAACACACGACUGCUGGCUUGUAAUAUCAGUACCAUGUUUUAUGGAACUUCAGCUGUCGCCACACUUUUAUUUAUUUUAACGGUAAUUGCAUUCAAAGAAAAACCUCAGUAUCCACCAAGCCAGGCUCAAGCAGUUCUCCGAGACAGUCCCCCUGGAGAGUAUUCCUAUGUGAAAUCAAUAAGGAACCUAUUUAAAAAUAUUCCUUUUGUCCUUCUAUUGAUCACUUAUGGUAUCAUGACUGGAGCAUUUUAUUCAGUCUCAACAUUAUUAAAUCAAAUUAUACUGACAUAUUAUGAGGGCGAAGAAGUGAAUGCUGGAAGGAUUGGGCUAACGCUAGUAUUAGCUGGAAUGGUGGGCUCUAUUCUUUGUGGUUUAUGGCUGGAUUAUACCAAAACAUACAAACAUACUACUUUGACAGUUUACAUUUUGUCUUUUGUUGGAAUGGUUAUAUUUACUUUCACACUAAACCUUGGACACAUUAUCAUCGUGUUUGUCACUGGAGGGUUGCUUGGUUUCUUCAUGACUGGUUACCUCCCCUUGGGUUUUGAAUUUGCUGUUGAAAUCACUUACCCUGAGUCUGAAGGUACUUCGUCUGGUCUUCUUAAUGCUGCUGCACAGAUAUUUGGAAUUUUAUUCACAUUGGCGCAAGGAAAGCUCACAUCAGACUAUGGUCCUAGGACAGGGAACGUUUUCCUCUGUGUUUGGAUGUUUGUAGGCAUCAUUUUAACAGCAUUAAUCAAGUCCGAUCUGAAAAGGCACAAUAUAAAUAAAGGAAUUACAAAUGGCGAUAUUAAAGCUGUACCAGUUGAUAGCCCCACAGAUGAAGAAUCAAAAACUAUUCUGAUGUCCAAGCAAUCAGAAUCAGCAAUUUGAGACCAGCUGUCCAAGCCCCCUCAGUAUGAAUACAGUCUACGAAUAUGACUUCUAACCCACCAAAUGACACUACUGGGAUGAGACUUCCAGAUGACCUCUUAAGAUUUUUCCCAUUUCUUACAUUCUUGUUAGAAAAUACUUUGUAACAGGUACUGUCAGUGGCCAUAAAAACUUUUCUGUGUGCAGACGGAACCCAUAACUUUGGUCUUAGGCAUAUGUUCUCAUUAAGCGAAGUAGCCCAGACACAGACUCAUUACCUUGAGUUCUUCUUUGUGCUGCCUUCCCAUUCAUCGUAAGAAUGCUAACACUAUAUUUUUUCACUCCAACUUGAUAUAGAGUAGUUUUGUAUCCGCUACCUUUUUUUACUCUUUUUUUUCUUCAAUAUAUAACUUUCUAGUAAGAAAAUUUCAUCCUAUGUGUUACUGGCUUUUUCAUAAAUUUUUGUAUCACACCUUAUACUUUUGCCUUGAAGAUUCCUGAGAUAAGGAAAUCUGUAAUAACUUCAGGUAGCCUAGGUAUUCCCAUUUAGUGGAGACCUCUUGAAAUGCUGUCUGUUCUAAUUCAGCAAAUCAUUCUUUAUGGAAUCUUUAUCAUUCUUUGAGGAAUCCUUUGCCCAGGUCUGUGCUCCCUCAGUGUGUUGGGGGAGUGGAUUCUUUUCUUCACCACAGAAUGUGCAUAGGCUCCAAACUGUUGGAACAGUCUGCUCUUUUACAUGCUCAGGGUAAGGAGAAUAGGACCAAAUGCAUUUCCACAGUGCCUACCACUGUGUUUUGUUUACAGUGAGAAUCUCAAUGUUGUUCAUGUCCUGGCUCUCUAAACUGAUAGGGAAUAUCCUUAGAGUAAUGGCAUUUAAACAGCCAUAAUAUUUAUAUUAUGUCCACAUAAACACAAAAAGUCAAUCAGGUAUUCCCUUGAAUAUCCUUGAAGUGAAUUAACAAUUCUGAUUUGGGUAUACUAUAUACAUAGCUUUAUACUGAAAUUAUAACAUUCUCUGUAACCAAACGACAGUAAAUUAUGUGGAGUCUUACCCUGGAGAACAUGUUACCAGAAGAACUUAGCUGGGAAUCAGGAACUUCAGGUCAAUGUCCUGGAUCUGUUUCUAGUUUCCCUGUAAAUCAGGCAGCACUUUCUUCAUCCGUAUAAUGAAUGUGUAAAAUUUGAUCUCAGAGAUCUUUUUUGAAUUUUAAAUGCACUCAUCGGGGGAUAGACCAAAUCAUUGUACCACAGGAACUUAAAUCUAGCUGUAGAAAAAUUCCUGGACAGUUGAAUAAACAACUGUGGUUCUUACCUUGUAGAUACCGGGAACUUAAAAUCUGUUUUUAGGGCUUCCCUGGUGGCGCAGUGGUUGAGAAUCCACCUGCCGAUGCAGGGGACACGGGUUCGUGCCCCGGUCCGGGAAGAUCCCACAUGCCGCAGAGCGGCUGGGCCCGUGAGACAUGACCGCUGCGCCUGUGCGUCCGGAGCCUGUGCUCCGCAACGGGAGAGGCCACAACAGUGAGUGGCCCGCGUACCGCAAAAAAAAAAAAAU